CAAAAAACAGUCCAAACUCCACAGCCCUGAACCCAAAGGCUUUCGAGUUUUAUGUUCCCUUUCCUCAGUAGCGACGGCGGAGGCAUCAAUCGGAGCCUCUCAUCGCCGGUCGUCGGUACGCUUUACUUUCUCUUUCUCACUCACUUCUUUGCAUUCCCAGUUUCAGAAGUGAGCUUAUUUUAAGUCUUAAUAUUCCCUGGCUCAACUAGAACGAUCUUUUGCGUUAUUGGAUCUCUUUGGUGUAAUGGGUAUCCUCGAUUUUGGGAAUACAAAGUCUCAAAAUCUCUAUCCGCUUUUAGCUCACUCUCAGCUUCUGGGUUUCUUCGAUUCGUUGAGUAGGGCAAAAUUUGAGAGAUAAUGGGUAUUAGCCAUGAACGUAAUCUCUCUUUCUGCUCCGAGCUUGGUUCGGAGAACUUCGUCUUGUCUGAUUGUAGUAAGCAAAGUUACUUUGUCUUCCUUAGUAGUAAUAAGGAAUUUUUGCAAUCGAAGUUUCGAUGGUGUUAAUGGGGAGAAUGGUUAUGAUUGCUUUGAGGAACCCUUGAAGAGAAUGUGGAAAAGUUCGUAUUUUGAUUCAGAUAUGGAUGAACAAUCUGACUUUUAUUCGCGUGAAAUGCCCGCCCGAGGAAAUUUCUCCGUGAGGCAGAGCUUUUUCGAGACGGCGAGGAUUGAUGCCGGAAGAGUUCUGGAAGUUUUGCAGCAAGAUGGUCCAGGAUUCGAUGCGAAACCGGCGUUGGAUGAGCUGAACAUAAGGGUUUCGGGGCUUCUUGUGAGGAAAGUUCUUUUGGGGAUUUUGAGUAACAUUAGCCAUACGAAUAAAAUUCGGUGUGCGAAAUUAGGGUUCAAGUUCUUCACAUGGUCAGGCCAGCAGGGGAAUUACAGGCACACCGCGAAUUCCUACCAUCUGCUAAUUAAGAUUUUCGCGGAAUGUGAGGAGUUUAAGGCAAUGUGGAGGCUAGUUGAUGAGAUGAUUGAGAGAGGAUUUCCUACUACUGCUAGGACUUUGAACAUUUUGAUAUGUACUUGUGGAGAGGCCGGGUUGGCUAGGAAAGUUGUGGAGAGAUUUAUUAAGUCGAAGACAUUUAACUUUAGGCCGUUUAAACAUUCGUACAAUGCGAUUUUGCACUGCCUUCUUGUGACAAACCAAUAUAAAUUGAUUGAGUGGGUGUAUCAGCAGAUGUUGGCUGAUGGUUUCUCCCCAGAUAUUCUAACUUAUAAUGUUCUGAUGCUUACAAAGUAUAGGUUGGGGAAGCUGGAUCAGUUCCACAGACUGCUGGAUGAAAUGGGCAGAAGGGGAUUCAGUCCGGAUUUGCAUACUUAUAAUAUUCUUCUUCAUGUACUUGGUAAAGGAGACAAGCCACUUGCAGCUUUAAAUCUUUUGAAUCACAUGAAAGAAACGGGUAUUGAUCCAGGCGUUCUUCACUUCACCACAUUGAUAGAUGGAUUGAGCCGGGCUGGCAAUCUGGAUGCAUGCAGAUUUUUCUUUGAUGAGAUGCCGAAGAAUGGGUGUAUCCCUGAUGUGGUUUGUUACACUGUGAUGAUCACUGGGUAUGUUGUGGCUGGGGAGCUUGAGAAGGCUCAGAGCAUAUUUGAUGAGAUGAUCACCAAGGGCCAAAUUCCAAAUGUUUUUACUUACAAUUCUAUGAUCCGUGGGUUAUGUAUGGCAGGGAAAUUUGAGGAGGCAUGUUCCAUGCUUAAGGACAUGGAGUCUAGAGGUUGUAAUCCAAAUUUUCUUGUUUAUACUACCCUAGUGAGUAAUUUGCGAAAUGCUGGGAAGCUUUCUGAAGCUCAUCAAGUAGUAAAACAUAUGGUGGAGAAGGGGCAGUAUGUUCAUCUUCUCUCAAAGUUCAAGGGAUAUAGAAGAUGCUAAGGUGGUAGAUUUUUUGUUAUUGCAGAAAAGUUUCUGGUUUUUCAUAUCCUGCUAAACCCUCACGGUCUUCCUGCAGCCUAUCUGAAUGGAAUCCAUGUAUCUGCUGCUUGUGUUGAUUGUCGAGUGCAAAGAAGGAAGGCAUGUUUCCAGAUUUCAUAUUCAGGUUCUCAUUACUUUAAAAAAUGAGACAAAUUCACAAGGGAAAAGGAAAAGGAAACGAGAUUAUCACGAUAAUGAGCCUGGACAUUUCACAUGCAGAUGUUGCUGCCACCAAAAUCAGAAGCUAUGGGACACUAUUCCUUGUUGUCAUUUUUUUUUUUGGGGUACCGUUGGUCUACUCUGGCAGUUCAUAUGAAGCAUUUGUUCGUGUUCGUGAAGUUAGACGGAAUGACAUUCUGCGGCUAUGUUGUGCAUUACUCAUAAGCAUGUCUUUGGCGGCUGCUGAUACACUACCUUUGGAAGUGGCAAUUAGUUCCAAACAAGAAUUGUACUUCCAUAACUACAAUGCUCUCAAAAGUUGUGUCUGAGGUUCGUUUAGUUUGCUUUCUAUGAUGAGCAUUUCCCUUGUGUUCCUUUCCAUAUACAACGUUGUAUACCACAUAUGAAAUGAGCUGAUUGCUUUGAGCAGUGAUAUUUCACCUCUUUUUGACGUUUUUGUAGGAUGUAGAAGAAGAUUAUGAAAUUCGUUGCUGUUAUAGAUUAGACUUAUUAAACUUAAUAAAGUAGAACUUGAAUAAAACUUGAACCAAAAUAUAUUUGAAAAGAAUACCUUCUAUUCUCAGCU